AUGAUAACGAAGGCAAUAGAAGCUAGUGGAACAGUUACUAUUACAACUGUAAACCAGCAACUAUUUCGAACAAAGAUGGAUUUUAAUGAAUGUUUCAUUCAUCCAAAGUCAUUCUCUUUAGACCCUAACAUUUAUACAGAACUUGUAGAACAUUAUACAAACGAGGCUUUAUGUUUUCCUGUUAAAGUUAUGGAUUGGAUUCCUAUGGACGGUUCAUUCUCAAAGAAUACAGAUAGUUCAAGUGCAACAUUUACAGCAGCUUAUACGCCUAUUAAUGUUAAAAGUAUUUGGGCACUAUUUAGAAAGAAAGACAACUAUUAUGUUAAUUUUGAGAACCCUAAGUUUAAAUAUCUUCAGCUUUCCAUGGGAGCUUAUGGAAAUAUGCCUGCAGAACCUGAAAAAUCAUAUGGACCUGUAUUUUAUGAAAUGGUUGCGAACGCCUGCAAUACAAACAAUGAUAUGAUAGGAUUUAAUGAAGAUGUUAUGAGGUCAUUGGUGGAUGAUGGUAGUGUGGAACAUAAAUGGGAUAGCUAUGACAACACACAUUUCUUAUGUGGUUUUCCAACAGAAGUGGACUUUUGCUUCCAGCAAGGUCAAACAUCUACUGCUCCAAUAACAUACAAAUUGUCUGUUAAAGGACCUAUUGAACUAGCAACUGAAAAUGUACCAAAGCCACUUAUUGGAUUUAUGAGGGAUUGUUGCUUUGCCAUUCAGGUGCGUGCUAAUGGAAUCCCAAUAAUAAGAUUAGAUGACUAUAACUUAGCUACGGACGACAGUGAGGAAUAA